UAACUAUUUUGAUGUAGCAGAGCAGGAUAUGGAUGAAGUGACACAAAUGAACCAGGUACGUCAGAGACUAUAGAGGUCCAGGAUGGUGCUGGCUGGUAUUCUGUGUUUAGACAUGGUGACAAGGUUUUUUCUGGACUCAGUGUGGGAAGCGUGAAUCAGUGUCUGGAGAUGUUUGCGCCUCACAAUACCCCAGCCCACAUUUCUCUGCCCUGGAGGCUAAAUGUAUUUGCAGCAUCUGUGAGGGACUCUCUGACCCCGCUGAUCCAAAAUGACAGCUGUGCACACACACUGUUCUGGGCUCCAUCAGACACAGCCACCCACUGCGAUGACUACCCAGUCUCUUUCUCUGAUUGGCUCCUGAGAAAUAAACCCAACAUUCCGCAGCGGUUCUCUGCAGCAGCUUUUCCACUGCCAGGAGUGUGGUCCUUCUCUCACCUGGAGUCUGUGCGCGUGGAGUCCUCGUGGCUGCCUGUGAAGGGUUCACACAGUCUCUAACUCAUUUGAGGACCGGUCAUCGUGGAAAUAUGUCUGUGUCCACUGCUGUUGUCAUCACCUUGCUGUGCCUUUGUUCGCUUUAUUCUACUUUUGGACAGGACUGUCCAAGUAGAAAGGAAAUACAGGGCACUCUGAAGCAGGUGCAGAAGCUGCUCUCAGCCCAUGAAGCCUCGUACACGCAGAGUUUACGGAACCUGAAGAAGAAAAUCAACCUGCUUCAGAGCAGCGCAGCUAAACAGACAACAAGAGCCACUAACACUACCUGUCCAAAACUGGAUGCACCUGUUAACGGAAGGAAGCUUGGCAGAUCACAGAACGUAGGCCACGAGGUUCACCUUCUGUGUGACCCUGGUUAUGAACUGGUGGGAGCAGAAAGCAGGGUUUGUCAGGAAAGCCUGACCUGGAGUGGGCAGCAGCCGACCUGUCGAGACAUCAAUGAGUGUGCUUCGUCUCCGUGCAUGAAUGGAGGGACGUGUGCGGAUGAAGUAAACCAAUUCUCAUGUGUCUGUGCCAAAGGCUGGGCUGGAGCUACCUGCCAGAGCCCAGUGCCAACAUUCUUUGUCACCAUGACAAACACCUCUGCUGCCACCUCCCCAGCCGCUGCUGCCACCUUACCAGGUGCCACAAACGGGCCCUUUGUUCGUCCAUCACGUUGCACCAUAGUGCAGGGGACCACCCACUGCACCUGUGAGCCAGGAUACACCAUCUCUGGCAGAGACAGCAACACCUGCACAGAUAUCGAUGAGUGUGAGCUGUUUCAUAAUGGACAGGCUGGGAGACUAUGUCUACAUGCAUGUGUUAACACUGCAGGAGGAUAUCGCUGUUCCUGUCCUGUUGGAUAUGAUGUGACCCGCGAUGGGCGCAGCUGUAAAGAUAUUGAUGAGUGUGCCACUAGACAAAACAACUGCACCAAGGAUCAGACGUGUAUUAACACAUAUGGUGGUUACCAGUGUGUCCGUGUCGACUGCCCUAAAAUCCCCAAUGCUACAUAUGUCAAGACAUCACCCAUGCGUUGUGAACGUAAUCCAUGUCCUGUGGACAACAAAGCUUGUUCUCAGACCCCAAACUCCUUCUCCUACCAUUACCUGUCUGUUGUGUCUAACUUGUCGGCUCCUCGUGUCAUGUUCCGGGUCUCAGCGCUGCGCCCAAUGGGGGACACUCUUCGGUUCUCCCUGCUAGGGGGAAGGCAGGUUCGGCGUCACUUCACAGUCCAGCGUUCAGAUCGUCUGACAGGUCAGCUGAUGCUGGUGAGCCCUGUGCAGGGCCCAGCCACUUUGGAGGCUGAAGUCGAGAUGAGCGAACUUGAAGAUCGAAUGCAACUAGGGCGGUACAUCACCAAAGUAACCAUGUUUGUUUCCCAGUAUGAGUUCUAGAAAAAGAGGGAUGAGGGUUAAAUCAUGCUUGUAUAUGCUUGCAGCAUACGGGCCACAUAAUGCCAGUUAACACAUGACUGGUUUGGAUUAGAGAAGGGCUCUCUCUGUACAUGAGUGUGGAUGUGUGAUCAUCUGAUUUAUGAUGAUGACAGAGAAGUCACUUAAUUUGCACCUCACCUGUACUGAUACUGCAGGUUAUGCCGCAAACUGUCAGUUGUCAGCAAAAAAGUGUAGUGAAGUAGCCAUGAGAAAGUAUUUGACAAUAGAACAGCACAUGCUCUCAGAAACGUAUAUUGAAUUAUGUAUAUUUGGUAUGAGUUUACUAUGAGAACACGCAUUUUGUUAGUUUGUUCUGUAGGUUCUGAAGAUGUGCAUAACAUGAUUUAACACUUUAAAUCAAUGAUUUGAUGAAGGGUAUUUGCAAUAUGCUGAAGACAACAUUAAAUAAAGCACUAUUUAUGUAAAUGCAUCACUUUGUAUUUAUGCCACAUACUCUGUAAUUAAAACCAUAAUGUGUUACUAUCCUGCACUUCCUUUUACUACUAUGUUCUAUUCAUAUUCUGGUGUCUGUAUUAAUCUUCUUCUUAAACAGUUCUAACAUUCUGUAAACCAGUUGGAAUCAUGUAAAAUGUUUCACUCAUUAUCUGGAAAUAAAAAGAACAGUAAACAAUAU